AUGUCUGGCCCAUCUGAAGAGCAGAUGAAGAAAGUCCGCUCUUUGCUCGAUGCCAUCAGGAAAGAUGGCACUAUGGAGUUGCUGAUUGCCGCCUUGCACGAUGAGAGUGGUGAAGAUCUCUCAGAGUUCGAGUUGCUCUCUCCUUCCUCGAAGCCCCAAGGAAGCAUGACUGAUGCUUCAAAAAGACGAUCCGAUGAGGUCAGUUCAUCGGAAGCUCCAUGUUUGAAGCAACGCCCCAUUGCUCCACACGCUGGAGGAAAGCAGCCUGAUGAUCGCUUCCCACCUGGCAUCUCCUCUCUCACUGAGUGGGGAAAGACCGUGCUUCAGUAUGGCAAGUUCGGAAAAGCUGAUCUCACCUAUGCAGAAAUGGCCGAUGAUCCUGCUAAGGACAAGAGUUCUUACUGUACUUGGAUCAAGUCCCAGAAGGACAGGGACACUCUCCAUGUGCAGCUUCGUGAUUUCGGCAAGUACUUGGUAGGACCUGUGAGAGUUUUCACCGGCGACACUGAAGAUUUCCGUGAGUACCGCCGUUGGAAGACCUGGUGCCUCAACAAGAUGUUGACCAUGGACAAAUUGUCUGAAGACCUGGCUGAAGAGCUAGACUUCGAAGAUGUUGAAGAGUUCUUGACGGACCAUACGGGUCGUGAUCUUCCCCAAGGUGAAGAUGAAGGGUAUCCUGAGCAGGAGGUGGCGGAGGUCCUCGCAGCAUCCUGGCGUGAGAAGCGUCAAGAGUUGAACAAGCUUCAAAGGACAAGACAGUUCCAAAAGGCCAAAGAUGUGCGCCGCUCAUUUAGAGUUGAGAUUGAGGAACUGAAGAAACAGACUACCUGCAAUAAGUGUGGGAAGCGUGGACAUUGGGCAAGAGAGUGUCGCAGUGGCAACAAGGGUUCGGGUAAAGGCAGUGCACCAUCUGGAUCUACAUCCACUUCUGGUGUUGCUAUGGUAGAAUCUGAACUCGACUUUGUGGCGAUGGCCUCGGAACGCCCAUCCAUGCUGGAACGUCUGCAGCUCAAAAGGGUUCAGGAGGCCACGGCAUGCCCACCUUUCGAAAUCAUGUUGAUUUCCAGCCCCGGUUUUGGCGUGUUGGAUAGCGGAUGUGGCCGGACCAUCAUUGGCAAAGCGACCCUCCUGGAAUUUGAGCGUCUGUGGAAACAACAGGGUGUGGUGAUUCCUCAGCCAGUAUCUGAGGUGCAUCAGUUCCGAUUUGGAAAUGGCCACGUGGAAACUUCCACGGAAUCGGUUUGCAUCCCAGUGUGGCUCGCUGGCAAGCGCGGUUCAAUCCGUGCUGCUAUAGUGAGCGGUUCAGCUCCGCUCCUGAUCAGUCGCACAGCAUUGAAAGCUCUACAAGCCUCCAUCGAUUUUCACAACGAUGAGCUGCGGGUAUUUAAUGAAGUUGUCAUUCCAUUGAAGACAAAUGCAGCUGGUCAAUAUGUGAUCCAGUUGAUGCAGGACAGCUCACCAUCGCAAGUCAAAGCACCACUGUUCGAAGAGGUUAUGCUGACUGAGCUUCCACCAUUGCCGGCUUUGCAUGCAUCCGAUCCUAGGAAGCCUCCGUGUAAUAGUCCAAGUGAAGACCAAGAGCCGACCGAGUCCGAAGAUGCCUCAGCAGCCAAUGCUGACCAUAGGUCCAGUGCCUCGUACUCGAAGCCAUUUGUCGAGGGACCAUCCACUGAUGCCGCCGCCAUGCGAUGCUGGGUGCAGGAGGACAGUGGGAACGAAGUCCUGGAAGUCAUCGAAGAUGAUCUGUCUGCCAGUGCAUGGAAUGAAGUGAAUGCU